AUGGAUUUUAAUCCUUUACUGUUGAAUUUCAACGAUUCUAAUGACAAUUUUGACUUUGGGUUGAAUCAAAACUUCUUAUUUGAUAAAGAUGGGAAUGAUUUUCUAGAAGGUUCAGGGGAUUUGGGUCCAAAUUCCAUGGUUCAUGAUAUGGCGAAUAAUGGUACAAAUGGACAUAAUUCUAAUGGACCUAAUGGUGGUAUGAAUCCUGGACAGACUCCAUUAGGUAGUGAUUUCUUCCAAACACCUCAAGGUAUCCCACAGAAUAUUCCUACGAUGAAUCCUAAUCCUUCAGUGCCAACCAAUAUGAAAAAGACAAAACUUCCAUCGACACCUUCAUCGCCUCAGUUAGAUCAAAAACAAGUAUUGUUAGCGUACCUUUAUAUCUAUUUAACAGAGAAUGGACACCAUGACACUGCCAAAUCUUUGGUGUCAGAGCUUAAAAUCUCCGUCAAUAGUUUAUACUCCAUCAAACAAGAGUUCGAUAAACUCAAUAAUCAAGAUAACAACCACAAUAACGAAUUCUUAUUGGAAUGGUUUAACUUAUUGUGGAGCUUACAAUCCAAUUUAAAUCCAAAUUUAAACCAAUUACAUAAUGGACCUGGACUCCCAGUAUCAGGCUCCGUAUCAGGUGGUAAUGCGGGCGGUCCUGGUAUGCCUGGUGGGGGUCCCAGUGGGGGUCCAGGAGGUACAAAUGGACCUAAUGCUAAUGUUCAGAUGUUACCUCCAAGAUCAGGAUCUAAUGUUAAUAUGUAUCAUUAUCAACAACAAUUAAGACUUCAACAGAUGAAAUUACAAAACCAACAACAACAAUUACAAAAUCAAGCUAAUCCACAAUUGUAUUUACAAAGUCCCGUACUAGCCAAUUCAGCCAAUCCACAAAAUAUGGCAAAGAAACAAUUCAUGAUGAAACAACCACCACCUAAUCAAGUAAGAAGACCUUCGAAUGUUCCUCAACAACCUCCUAAUCAACCUCCACAAGCCCAACAAGCUCAACAGGCUCAACAAGCUCAACAAGCUCAGCAACAACAACAAUAUAUAAUGAGACAACAAAUGAUGAUGAGACAACAACAACAGCAACAACAACAACAAAACGGACAAAGACCACAAAUGGUCAAUCAACAAAUGUCGGGGAGAAUGGUACCACAAAUGAUGCAACAACCGAUGCAAAUGAAUAUGAACAUGCGUCAACAACCACCUCAGCCGCAACCUCAAUCUAUGCAAAAUGUCCCUCCAGCCACUCCAAAUUCUGUUCAAAGUAAUCAAGGUAGAAAGAUGGAUGAUUUACAAGGUGAUGAUAUGAAUAAGAAUUUCAUCAAUGAUUCAAAUUUGUUCAUAGAAUCCGAUUGGUUCAGUAGUUUAGGAGCAGGUCCAGGAUUUUAA